AAAAAUUUAUGAUUAAAGAGUGACUAAAAAAUUGCAUUUCACAUUCGACUUCAAUUAAACUCGUUGGUCAUGAAAAGAACAACUAUUUUUCUUUUCAUACUUUAUGUAAGGUUAGCGAUGUGUACGGAUGUGGAUAGUUAUGAAAUCAAUCGUAUUGAAUUCACUCCACUACAUGAUGCUAUUAUACUUAACGACAUUGUCGAUAUCAUGAGUGAGUUUGAAAAUAGCAUGAGUCCUCAAUUAAAUAACCACAUGAUCAGUAACAGUGAAAGUGAGGAAGAUAUCGAAAAACUGCUAUCCGAGUACCAACAAUAUUUAGACAAAGCACACGAGCAGAGGAUAAAUUACAUAAGAAAAAACAAAAACAAGAAUAAAGUACCAGCCAUGCGUUAUGAAAAAUUCAAUAAAUUAAAACCGAUUGAUCGAAAUAAUUACGGUGAGAACAAUAAUUUUUACUUUGAUGAUAUGAAAAAUCCUACAACUUUUCUGAACACAUUUAUGCCAAACAAUCCUAACUUGAAAUUUACCAAUAAGAAUGCCAACCUAUUUGAUUUUUCGAAAAAAUUAUACGAUGGGAAAAAAUCGACAGGUUUAUCUGCGAUACUUUCGGAAAAUCUAUCAGAACCAUUAUUGUCUUCUUGUUUUUGCCAAGAAAAUAUAAUUCCAUGCAAAUGUCAAUGCAAGAAAUGUUUUUACUCUAAAUCUGCUUUUACUAGAAAUUUUAAUGAUAAUAAUCGUUUUACAAGCAAUUUGUUCAAAACACCGAAAUACGAUGAAGAUAAUCCAAGUAAUACUUGGGACAAUAAUUUAAACCUUCGAAUAAAAAUUGACGUUCAAUUGCCGAAUAUAUCCAUGUUAAGUAAUAUACUUAAAUAUCGCAACCAAUACGACGAAAAUGAAGACCACGAAGAAACCUUUCCAAUACCAAAAGAUACUUUAUCGACCAUUAACUUACCUUUCCCAUACUUAAAUUUUCCAAUUCCAAUGGAAUUAAUUGGAUACAAGCAAAAUAUAUUUAAGAAUAAAUCGCCUCCAAUACAUAAAAUAACUUUUCAUAAAAAGAAAAAGAUUCGCUUUGGCAAUAACACCAAAAAACUCAAAAACAAGAAAAUGUACAGUUUGCAGAAUUCUAAAUUUGAACCGCAAGUUGAGCAAAAUAUUACAAGAGUACAAAAUGGUAAUAGCUCUUUGAAUAAAAAUAAUUCAUUAGACAAUCAUGAAGAUACGAAACUAGCAACAAAAAUAAAUCGAACAGCUGAAACAAAAUUCAAUUACACUAGUUAUAAUACGGCUGUAACUCCGAGAAUUGUUUUAACUAUAAAUAUAACAAAAGAAACUAAUAAUCGUUCUGAAAAUGCAUCUAAAAUAAAAAAUAGUAUUGAAACAGACUUUGAAAUUGAAAAGGAUAAUGUGUCGAACACGAAAUUAUUACGGUUAAAGCGUGAAAUAAAUAAUAAAUUUUCAAAUUAUCUUACAUUAUUUAAUAAUAAUAAAAGUAUGACAUCAUACUUUGCAAUAAAUAAUCGAUCUACUUCUUCUGAAGAUCUAUUAACAUCUACUAAAAAAUUAGAUUCAGAUUCGGAGUCAGACAAUGAAUUGCUCUAUUGGCCGUCGGCUAAAAAAGGUCAAUCGUUCAUUCAUUCAAAGAAUAUAACGGCCUUGAUUUUAGAUAGAGAAAUUAAAAAAACAAAAGUGAACAUGACAAAAGAUAAAAUACGUAGUAAUCAUACAACAGCUUUAGAGAAAGCAAUAUUUGGCGAUGUAGACUGGAAUGAUAUUGAUGCAGUUGUUCCGACUUUCAUGUCUUUUGUAGGAAAAUAUAUUACAGGUGUUUUAACAUUUUGCUCUCAAGAUAUAUGUCACUCUAUGAAAUGUGGUAAAAAAAUAUGUUUACACAGAAUUUGUACACCAGAUAACCGGUACAAUAAUAAAGGUCAUUGUGCAGGCAAUAACUAUACUGAUAGCGUAGCCACUAUGGAGUCUAUAAUGGAUUUACCGUCAAACAUAGCUUUCGAAGUUGUCAAUAUAUUAGAAGAGAAAAUGUUAGGAAAGUUGUUUGGAAAGGGAACUCUAUGCAUUCACUCAAAAUGUAGCGCAUUUGCAGCAUUUAAGAAAACAUUUAAAAAAUCAAAAUGCACAUUUAAGGAACUUAAUUUAGCAGGUCACUGUCCUAAUUUAAAAAAUGUUAAAAUUAUAUAAUAAAAAAAUUACGUAACCUAUUAUCAAACAAACCGCGGCGUAAACGUUUAGUGUUUAUAAACAUUAAGUACUUUACUCAUUAAGCUCUGAUAAAAUGUUGGUUCUAUGCUAUUUAUCUUAAGCAGUUACGAGAAUAAGGUUAUGAAAAAUGUUUAACAAAAUAUUAAUUUCAUUCACAAUGAU